UCCGGGUGCGGAGUCCCCGGAAAGUUACCCGCGGGGGAAAGGACACGAGUGGCUUCUCGGACACUCCGCUCUUGCCACCGCUGCGGUGUCCGCCCCGUUGCGGGGCCCGGCCCGGGUGGACUCUUCCGAAACCCGCAGCGACGCAUCUGACUCCGAUCGAUGAGCUGUACCAAAGAGCCUUUACAUUUGGAGCGCCGAACCACCGGGACUAAGCUUUCUUCCUCCUCCCCCCGUUCGUCCUCCUUCUCUUCUUCCUCCUCCUCCUCCUCGUCCUCCUGCUGUCCCCGCCAUCAGCCGCAACUGGCCAUGGCUUCGGCUCUGGCUCCGGGGCAGCCGCGCUCCUUGGACUCUUCCAAACAUCGGCUGGAGGUGCACACCAUCUCCGACACCUCCAGCCCCGAGGCUGCAGAGAAAGACAAGAGCCAGCAGGGAAAGAAUGAGGACGCCGGGGCCGAGGAUCCGUCCAAAAAGAAGCGGCAGCGGCGACAGAGGACCCAUUUCACCAGCCAGCAGCUGCAGGAGCUGGAGGCCACCUUCCAACGCAACCGCUACCCGGACAUGUCCACACGGGAGGAGAUCGCCGUCUGGACCAACCUCACCGAGGCCCGCGUGCGGGUCUGGUUCAAGAACCGCCGGGCCAAAUGGAGAAAGCGGGAGCGCAACCAGCAGGCCGAGCUGUGCAAGAACGGCUUCGGCCCCCAGUUCAACGGGCUCAUGCAGCCCUACGACGACAUGUACCCGGGCUACUCCUACAACAACUGGGCCGCCAAGGGGCUCACCUCCGCCUCCCUGUCCACCAAGAGCUUCCCCUUCUUCAACUCCAUGAACGUCAACCCCCUGUCGUCGCAGAGCAUGUUCUCCCCGCCCAACUCCAUCUCGUCCAUGAGCAUGUCGUCCAGUAUGGUGCCCUCGGCGGUGACGGGCGUCCCGGGCUCCAGCCUCAACAGCCUGAAUAACUUGAACAACCUGAGCAGCCCGUCGCUGAAUUCGGGGGUGCCCACCCCCGCCUGCCCCUACGCCCCACCGACCCCUCCGUACGUUUACAGGGACACGUGUAACUCCAGCCUGGCCAGCCUGAGACUGAAAGCCAAGCAGCACUCCAGCUUCGGCUAUGCCAGCGUCCAAAACCCGGCGUCCAACCUGAGCGCCUGCCAGUACGCGGUGGACAGGCCCGUGUGAGCCCGGACGGCCGCCAUCUCCACCUGCCAGUGAAAAGUCAAAAAGAAAAAUCUGAAAAAAGAAAUAAAAAUAAAAAUACUGAAUGGGGGUGGGGGAACCCCCUUCCCCGCGAGACUGAGAACCAUACUAGAAAGCAGACGGGCACUAAAGGGAGAGAGAGAGAGGAGAAAAGAGAGAAAAAGGAAACCACUGAAAAAAAAUAGCUCCUUUGUUUUCAAAGGGACUUCCUCCGUUUCUGACAUCUUUCACUAAAAGUAUUUCCAACAGUUACAAGGACACACCCACCCACCUAUAUAUAUAUAUAAAUAUAUAUAUAUAUAUAAGUAUAUAUAUGGACAAACGUUUGACUGGAUAUGACAUUUUAAUGUUACUAUAAGCUUGUUAUUUUUUAAGUUUAGCAUUGUUAACAUUAAAAAAAGACGGAAAGGAUGUAUAUAUAUAUCGAAAUGUCAAAUUAAUUUUAUAAAAGCAGUUGUUAGUAAUAUCACAACAGUGUUUUUAAAGGUUAGGCUUUAAAAUAAAGCAUGUUACACAGAAGCGAUUAGGAUUUUUUCGCCUGCGAGCAAGGGAAUGUAUAUACUAAAUGCGACACUGUAUGUUUCUAACAUAUUAUUAUUAUUAAAAAAAUUGUGUGAAUAUCAGUUUUAGAAUAGUUCCUCUGGUGGAUGCAAAGUUGUUUCUGAAAACUGCGUUGUAAAACCUGCCCUGUGUAUAACAUUUCGUACAAUAUUAUUGUUUUACUUUUCAGCAAACAUGAAAAAAAUGUGUUUUAUUUCAUGGGAGUAAAAUA